CUACUACUACUACUACUACUACUACUAGACAUUGCUAGUGAGUAGUAGUGUACAGUCGGCAGAGAGGAGGCGAGGUUUUUCGGGAGGAGUAUGUUGGCAGUCACGCUCCGACUCUAGUCCGUCAAGGAUCUCGUCCUUCUCCCGCACCACCAAACACACAACCAACCAACCACCCACCCAAAAAUCGUGCGUUUUUCUUUAGUUGUCGGCGGUGCAGGACGAAAACAAAACACCAAACAUGUCUUGAUUUCUCCAUUUGUGACUGGGAAUAUUCGCCCUCAUUUCGGGUGUAUGCGUCUGUGUGGGUGUGUUUGAAAUCUAAACGCGGUUUUGUUUUGUUUUUGUUUUGGAUUAGUUUGAAUUUUUCCUGGGCAGGGCCAAUAUGGCUUAUGCGACAGCCGGGGCUGGAAGCAACUUGCACGAUGAUUUAUCAUCGGCUUGCACCGUGUCUUCCGGCCAGUGCGUGGCACCUUAUCCCUACGACGUCGACGUUUCCUCAAUCGCCACACGGACAACCAACAACAAUCCCGUCGUCCGAUCCUUUGGCGGCGUCCGGCAGUUUCUCUGCCGCACCCUCAAACAAGUCCAUUUUUCAGGCGUUCACCACGAGAGCCGGCCUUUCCCGUUGGAACGGCCCAAGAGACCCGACAAAAAUCUACAGGCGCUCUGCCGGGCCACCCAACUCACCAAAGAGGAAUUGAAAAAGUUCUACCGGGCCUUCAAGCAGGAAUGUCCCCUUGGAACUGCCGAGCCGAAGCACUUUCGAUACAUCCUCACCAAAUAUUACCCGCUGGGCGACUGUACCAGCUACGCCACCUGUUUGUUCAACGCUUUCGACCCACAACGCAAGGGCUACCUGACCUUUGAGGAGAUGGUGUUGGCGAUAUCAGCCCUGUCCCGCGGCUCCCUGGCCGAUAAACUUCGAUGGGUCUUCACGCUGUACGACUCGGACGGCGACGGUGUCAUCCACCGGUCAGAGAUCCGUGACGUCAUCUUGGCCGCCUAUCGAAUGGGAGGUCGCAAUCAAGGUAACCCGUCAAUGAGGAAGUUGCCACAACAACAGCAACAACCCUCGUCAUUGUCGCAGCAACCGACCAGCUCCGUCCAGGUGGAUCAGCUCAUCAACCAGCAGACUGACAAAGUCUUCCAGAAGCUCGAUCUGAACCACGACGGAGUCGUCACCAUGGAGACCUUCCUCCAAGUUUGCCUCCAGGACCAGAGUAUCAUCACAUCCAUUGAGAGACUUACAUCCGACCUGGGAUGAUGUGACCCACCAGCGCACCUUGCAUCACGCUAUACGCUACACAGGCUGCUGCCGCUACAUACAUUGUCAUUCUAUUCUAUUACCGAAACAAACAAACACACAAAUGCCAGACGACAUCAACUUGCCGAGAGAUCCAAUUACAAAACUACGAAGAACGAAACUAGGGAGAAAAAAAAAGAAAAUCGCAGCUAAAAGAAAUAAAAACCUUUGUUUUUGGUUUGACUUUUAAAUAGUUUGCAUUGACGAUGUAGUUUCUCUUUGUAAAUCUUGUUUUAUUAUUUUGAAUGUCUCAGAUCUUCAUUGUCCAUGUUUCGUAUUUGGGUUUUGGUUGAUAUGUUCAGAAUAUAUACAUCUAUAAAUACA